UGUUGACCAAAGAAAGUGGUUCAAACUUAAGCAUUUGCUCCAAAUAUACCGGAAGAUAACACGCAGUUUGUUUCUGUGACAUAGCAUUUCAUCUAUCUUCUCUUUCAAUUCUUAAACCAAAAGCAAAAAUCAGAAAAUGAAUACGGGGUGAUGAAGAAAUUGCAAGGUAAGUAACCAAGAAUAUAACAUAGGAAAAAAUAAUGGAUAAAAAGGAGAAGUCAAAGGAGAAAAGAGAAAGGAGACGCCAAGAAAUCUCUCUUUUACGUACUAUCCCUUAUUCAGAUCACCGAAAAUGGUGGUCGUCUGAUACUGUUGCUGUCGUGACUGGUGCAAAUAGAGGGAUUGGAUUUGAGGUUGCUCACCAACUAGCGUCACAUGGCUUAACAGUAGUUCUUACUUCACGAGAGACUGGAGUUGGUGAAGAGGCUGUGAAAGUCAUGCAAGAAGGAGGUUUAAAUGUAGCAUUUCAUCAACUGGAUAUUAUCGAUCAUGCAUCGAUUGAAGCAUUUUCUGAUUGGAUAAAAGAAACAUAUGGUGGUUUAGAUAUACUGAUCAACAAUGCAGGGGUGAGUUUCAAUGUUGGCACAGAGAAUUCCAUGGAAAAUGCUGAAACUGUCAUUCAAACCAACUACUUUGGCACCAAAAAUAUGACUAAAGCGAUGAUUCCGUUGAUGAGGCCUUCUCCUUGUGGUGCUCGUAUUGUUAGUGUGACCUCUCGAUUGGGAAGACUUCAUGGAAAAAAGAAUAGAAUUACAAAUGUCAGCUUGAGAAAGCAACUGGAGGAUGUGGAUUCUCUAACAGAAGACGUCAUUGAUAAUGCAGUGAAGACGUUCUUGGAACAAGUAAAAGAUGGGACAUGGGAGUCAGGGGGAUGGCCUCCAGUGUUCACUGACUACUCAGUGUCAAAACUUGCAGUAAAUGCAUACACCAGGCUAAUGGGAAGGAUACUCGAUGAUCGUCCAGAGGGUCAUAAGAUUUAUAUCAAUUGCUAUUGCCCGGGUUGGGUGAAGACCGCUAUGACUGGUUGGGCUGGGCAUAUAUCUCCAGAAGACGCCGCUGAUACUGCAGUCUGGCUUGCUCUUCUCCCUGACCAAUUUGUGAGUGGUAAGUUUUUUGCUGAAAGGCGCGAGAUAAGCUUUUGAACCAAGUGCAUAUGCAAUUGACAUUGCUUAUGUGAAACAGUUGUUGUUGGCAUAUUUUGUUAAGAUUAAUUGUUUAACUAGUUAAAUUGUGGAGGAAAUUGUCAAGAACCGGAACGAAGAGCUUGAAGUGGUGGCCUACUUUGUAGCUAGUCAAUUAACUCUUGUUUUUUCGCGCAUAUUAUGUAAGUUCAGAAACAUUGACAGAUGAAUAUGAUUAUAGGGGCAUCAUUUUAUUAUACUUAGAUGUUUGGAGAGCUAUUUUGGUAGGAUUUAAGUCAUACAUUGACAGUGUAAAGAAUUAUUAUAUCACCUGUUCAAUUUAACCAUGUUAUUACUCUACUUCUCAAAUAAUCA